UGUCCACCUAUGCACAAAGCAUUUAUUCUGCGAACUGUAUAUAGGAUGACAGUACAGUACCGGAGUGAUGAUUGAGGUUAAUUUUUCACUUCGUCCAGCCAGAAGAGGAAGAAAUGGCUUAAAUAACGCAGAGUUAACGACAUCAAGAUGAGGGUGUUGUUCAUCGUUUGGAUCUCACUGCUACCGAUCAUCAAGGCUUUAUCACAGUCCUCUGAGCCACCUCCACCACUGUAUCCUCAAGUCAUUUUGGCUGAAUAUGGGGUGCAGUACAGUAAAACCCUCAAUACGAGCAUCGAAUGGGUCUUCCUCUACAGCAACAAGAAUAACACCCAGGGUGCGAGGAUCUACGUAGACAGUGAUGCAUCUGAAGACGAACCCCUGAUUGUCGUUGUCAGAGAGAAAAAGGGAAUUCUCUCGUGGCAAAUUCCCCUCCUGGUGGAGAGGAAGAAUGCAAAACCCCAGGCGUACUCCAAGACCAGCAGAACUCUCUGCUCCGCGAGUUAUUACAAACUGGGGAGGGAAGACCUGGAGGACGAGGAGUUCAUCACUGUCAGCAUAUCGACCGAGAGCAGAUCCCACAUCAACUUCCAUUUGUCAGUUAUUGCAGAGACAGAUUUCUAUAUUCGAUCCGGAGAAUCUCGGAAGCUGGUGAUCUCCCCCUCAGAGCCCCACUACUACGGCUACAACUUCUCGAACGAAGCGGACAAUCGCUCAGUCCUCGUGAAGAUCGAAUCGGACAGCGAUACCUGCAUGACGGUGUCAGUCCAAAACCCAUCAUGCCCAGUCUUCGAUCUGGAACGAAACAUUCAAUUCUCCGGGCACUGGCAGACAGUGAGUCAAUUAGGGGGCAUAACGAUCCCCAGGGAGGCCUAUCCCAAUGGCUUCUUCAUCAUCCUGGUGGUCAAAGGGGACGACACCGAUUGCACCCUGGAGAUGGGGCCAUCAAAUCGAAACAAAACUGUGACAAUUACCAUCACCCCGAAUAUCACGUUCAAUGAUGGUGUCACGGCAGCGGUCAUCACGAUGGUCAUUGGAUUUGCUUUCUGUGGGUUUUAUGUCAUCGGAGUGGUGUCCCACCGAGUGAGGACACGAAGGAGACUGCAGGCAGCAGUUGCCCAGGUCGAUGAGAAUCCCGAGCCUGAGCUGCUGCCGAGUCCAUCGGUAAUGGAGGCGGCUGGUCCCAGUCAAUGGACAUCAGUAGACGACGACUCGUCCCGGGACGAAGACGACAUAGACAUGCUCAACGAUGUCCUCUCAGAUAAAGAGAUAAUCCGCACAAAACGAGUCCUCUCGGUCUCCGAUCUAGCUCGAAAGGCGCCGAAGAUCCUUCGGCACAAAUCACGACUGUAUCUUUAUUACCUGGGGACUAUCGCCGUGUUCUAUGCACUACCUGUCGUUCAGCUGAUGGCGACUUAUCAGAGGGUCAUCCGCGUCACGGGUAACCAGGACCUCUGCUACUUCAAUUUCCUGUGUUCACAUCCUUUCUUUGGAUUCUCUGACUUCAAUCAUGUCUUUUCCAAUUUUGGGUAUAUUCUACUGGGGCUUCUGUUCAUUCUACUGACGUGGGUGAGGGAGCAGGGGGACUUGCCGUUCGCUGAGAAGAAGAAGAGCUUUGGGAUACCACAGCAUUAUGGACUUUUUUAUGCCAUGGGCACUGCCUUGAUGAUGGAGGGGGUGCUCUCGGCUUGCUAUCAUGUUUGCCCCAAUCACAGUAAUUUUCAGUUUGACACAAGUUUCAUGUACAUAAUAGCAGUGCUGUGCAUGGUGAAGAUAUACCAAACGAGACAUCCUGACAUAAAUGCUCGUGCUUCCGUUACAUUUGGAGUACUAGCUCUCAUCAUAUUCCUGGGGAUGCUGGGAGUCCUGGACGGCUCUGAUUAUUUUUGGAUUGUAUUUACUAUAAUACAUCUUUUUGUGUGCCUUGUUCUAACUGCUCAGAUUUAUUACAUGGGCAGGUGGAGACUCGACAGGGGAAUGUUUCGGCGAAUAGUCAUGACAUUCAAACAUGACGCACGAUCAGGCGUCUCAAAUAUUCUGAAGCCCAUGUAUGCUGGAAGACUCAUUCUCCUCGUCAUAGCGAAUUUUUGCAACGUUGGUCUGGCUGUGUUUGGCAAUAUGCAUCAUAAAAAAGAUUUUGCCAGUUUCCUGCUAGCAGUACUCAUGUCCAAUCUACUGUUGUAUACUUUUUUCUAUAUUGUGAUGAAGCUGUGUUAUCGAGAAAAGAUUCUACUCCAAGCGAAGUGUUACAUCCUACUGUCCUUCAUCGCCUGGGGCUUGGCGCUCUACUUCUUCAUCAACAAGUCGAUCUCGUGGGCGCUGACACCAGCGCAAUCACGACACUCAAACCGUCCGUGUUUAUCACUACUAAACUUCUUCGACUAUCACGAUAUCUGGCAUUUCAUCUCAGCCCUCGCAAUGUUCUUCUCAUUCAUGGUGCUGCUGACCCUAGACGACGACCUAGAAGACACUCACAGGAGCCAAAUACCCGUAUUCUAACGCCUGUGAACUCGAUGCGAUGGUUAAAUAAACAGACAAUACGUGAGAUAUUUUAACAAUAUAAUGAUUCUUUCGUGUUUAUUUGUCAUGGCAGUGAUAUUUUACCUUAUUCCAUGAUUACAUUAUCAUUCAUUCACAAUAUUAACUCUACGAUUUGUUAAUGCAUUUAAUUUGUGCUAUCAAACAUUAAUAUGCACACCACGUUAAAUCCUAAUCCAUCAUUUAUUUUUAUCUAUCAGUAGUUUAAUCAAUUUCGUAUCUAUCCACAAUUCCAAAAAGAAAAGACACUCGAUUUACAAAUAAUAUAAAAUCUGAAAAAUUUACAAUUAUCUAAAUAAAUUGGGUGAGGCAACUGGAGAGGUAAAACGUCAUUUUCUUAUGAACAUAAAAUAAACUAUUGAUACCAGGUACCCGUGCAGGUGUGGGAUUGAAUUGCAGACGACAAUCCAGACGGAAUGUUGAAUAUAAAUGUCAAUCGUCUUCUAUUGAUAUUCAAUUUUCGUAUGAAAAACUCAAGAGAAAAACCCAGCCCAUUCUUUAAAAAAUUCUAGCAGAUUUAUCAAUCGAUUUUGAUUUUUUACUUUCUCUAUUCUGUUGACAUUUUCUGUGUAGAAAUCCCUGAGCAUUAAGUUCGUAACUCGAGGAUAAAAAAUUUAAUAGAAAAUCCUAGUGCUUUCUGUAAGAAUUACGCUGAAUGACUGAUAAAACUCGAUUAAAUAAUUCGAUCGUGUCAUAUUCUGCUUUUUCUAUAUAAAAUUUUAGGCAUAUUUUUUUCCACUGUAUUUUUAUCUCUUUUCCAUAAAUAAAUUCGA